AUGCGGGCCAUCUGCGUGGCGGUCGCUGCCGUCUUGUGCUCCGUCGUCUCGGGCAAGUCGGCCGGCUUCGUGGACCACGUUAAGAAAUUCUUCAGCGACGACGACAACUCGGCCGUGUCGGGCAGCGUCGUGGACGACGACAAGUGCGUGUAUGAUUGGUCCUCAUUGAGCUGCACGCCCGAAGCCUCGUGCUCUCUGCAGUACCAGUUCGGCGACGUCACGCCCUCUCACGCCUGCCGAGUGCGUGACACGAGCAACGCGACUAUGGCGCCGCAGCAGCUGCACUUGGCAUUCGCUGGAGAAGAAGCUGGAACGGGGAUGGCGAUCUCUUGGACGACGUUUAAACUGGACAGUGCGCCAAUGGUGUGGCUCGGCCGCACUGAGGCCAAGCUAAAGGUGGUGGCCAAUGCUGAAAUUGAGACCAAGUCGUACUACAAGGACAAGGACUACGAACUCUACAGCUACCACGCGGUUGUGAGCGGAUUGAAGCCGAACACAAAGUACUUUUAUAAGGUCGGCAACGCCAAGAACAAGCACUUUCAGAGCGGGGUGAGCUCCUUUAAGACAGCGCGCGCCUCUGGGGACGAAAGCCCGUUCACUAUCGCAGUGUACGGCGACAUGGGAGCGGAUGACAACUCGGUCGCCACCAACAUGUACAUGAACAGCCUCGUGGACGAAGUGGAUUUCGUCUACCACCUCGGGGACAUUUCCUACGCGGACAACGCCUUCCUCACAGCCGAGAAAGUGUUUGGAUUUUACUACGAGCAGGUGUACAACAAGUUCAUGAACUCCAUGACCAACAUCAUGCGGCGGAUGGCCUACAUGGUGCUCGUGGGGAACCACGAAGCGGAAUGCCACUCCCCGACGUGUCUAUUAUCCAAGAGCAAGAAGGACCAACUGGGCAACUACUCGGCGUUCAACUCACGCUUCAGGAUGCCGUCGGCCGAGAGCGGGGGCGUGCUCAAUAUGUGGUACUCGUACGAGUACGGCACGGUCCACUUCACGUCGCUGUCGUCUGAGACGGACUACCCGAACGCCCCCAGCAACGCGUACUUCACGAAACGUGUGUAUGGGAACUUCGGUGAUCAACUGGCGUGGCUAGAAGAGGAUCUGAAGGCUGCGGACUCCAACCGCGACCAAGUUCCGUGGAUUAUUGUCGGUAUGCACCGACCGAUGUACACGAUCCGUUCGUGUGAUGCGGAUGGUACGCCGAACAACGACUACGAGGCUCGGAAUGUGCAGGAAGCGUUUGAGGAGCUGUUCAUCAAGUACAAGGUGGAUCUGGUGCUGCAAGGUCACGUUCAUACGUAUGAGCGGCUUUAUCCGACUGCGAACAGCAGUGCUGUUAUGGAUGGAGUUUCAAAAGACAACAAGGCAUACGAGAACCCGCAGGCGCCUGUGUACGUUAUCCAAGGAACUGCAGGCGGCCCAGAGGGAUUGUUCCAGUAUACGAGCCCUCCGUCGCCGGCGUGGCUCGCGCUGGUGGACAACAAGCACUUCAGCAUUACUCGGCUGUCAGUGACCCCGACCAACCUAACACUGUCGAAGAUUGAGAGCGCAACGGGCAUCAUUCAUGAUGAAUUUUCUAUUAUCAAGGCGCCAGCUACCGCAGAAAAGGCAGUAAAAGUAUAA